GAGAGAGACACCUUGGACGGUUUUCUUUGUGCACCUAAAUAACAAACCGCAUAAUUUCACCCGCCCAACAACAACCUUGUGCAAGGAAAGUGCAUAUAUACAUUACAUACCGACGUAAUUUGUAUACGCUGCAGGUUACGCGAAAAGAGAUUUCAUCAAACGUCACGGUAUUUCGUUGAGAUAAUAUACUGACUUUGCGAAAAGUAUUGUAAAAUAAAUCCUAGUCUCGUCAACGACGUCGUCGACAGAAAUAAAAAAAAAACAAAAAACAACAACAACAACAAAAAAACAAAAGAACAAUCUUUCGUACAUAUUAAAAUAAAUUUGUGUAAUGUACCCAACGACGCGUCAUACAAAACAACAAAAUAUCAUCAAAUCGAGAAUUAACUUCGUACAUUCGAAAAGGAAAGGGAUCUUCAUACACCCGAAAAAAAUGUUCAAAAACUCGAUACAUCAUCGAUGUUUAAGUAUAAGUUUGUUAAAUCUUCACUGUUUCUAAAAAGACUCGUAGGUACGAAGACGUCUGUACUUCUUCUUCUUUUUUUUUUUUCAUCCCUUCCAUCGUCAAUGAUUUCUUUCUUCUUACAACUGCAUACAAACAUACAAGCACACAGGCAAAUGUGUGAAAAUUGAUAUGAACAGAUAACUUUAAGUUGAAAAGAUUAAACGUAUUAAAGAGAAAAGGAAACACGUAAGACAAACGCUGAUACUCGUCAGGGUGAAAGAUGCACGUUGAAAAUACCUGUCGUUGCUGCAAUUAAAAAAGCAAUAGUUUAUCAUCGAGCUAAUGACAUCGUUCUGAGAUAUCAGCAAUUAACGAUCGACAAAGACAUCGACGACAGAAUGAAGCUGUUGGAAAGUACCCGCUUUGAAGCCAUCAACAGUGCCUUGUGGAUUAAAACCGGCGACAGUAAAAUCCUGGGGCGGAUUGAAAGCUACUCGUGUAAAAUGGCGGGAAACGAUAAACAGCUCUAUAAACGGUUCAACGCAGAGCAAGGAGUCACUCCUCACGACCUACAAGCCUUGUCACCUCCGCAAACUUCGUUAGGAGCAUCGCCGGCUCAGAGCUAUUUCAGUCACAGCAUUUCUGGGGACGAAGAUGGCCCGUUGUGCGACACAAUAAGCAGAAAGACUUUAUUUUACCUUAUCGCAACGCUGAACGCAGCUUUUUAUCCAGACUACGAUUUCUCAGACGCCAAAAGCCACGAGUUCAGCAAAGAGCCGAGCCUUCAAUGGGUCAUGAAUGCUGUUGACAGCAAUCUCAGCGCCACUGCAGGGGACUAUUAUCGUACGCUGCGCUCUGCGCUUUGGACAGCCGUUGAAGAUGAAAUCUCAAUGGGAGAAUGUGACAUCUACAGUUACAACCCAGACUUAGCUUCCGAUCCAUUCGGGGAAGACGGAUGCCUCUGGUCCUUCAAUUAUUUUUUCUACAACAAGCGACUCAAGAGGAUUGUAUUUUUCACGUGCAGAGCAAUAAACCCAAUUUAUACGUGGGAUUCUGGAGUUGGCAGUGAUUUUGCAAUGGACGAAGACGACUAAAUAUCAACACUACAAAUGUUCUCCUGUGUAUGUAUUAGGUCACACUCCUUGAACUACACCUUUAAAUGGCAACUUUCACAUUUGAUUUUCUUUUUUAGCAGCUCUUGAUAUUUCAAAUCAAUUAACAACUUAAACUUUAGUAUUUUCAUUUAUGUUACAAUCUUUAACGGUGCUUGCAGGCAUUUUUUCAUAUUAUUAGCUUUGUUGAGAAUGCAGGUUUGUUUCUAAUUAUGAAUCACAUUGAAAAUAAAAACCACCGAAAUCACUAGAUCACCAGACAUUUCAUAAUCUUUCGAUGAAUAUUGUUUUUAAAAGAUCUUACGUUCCAAAUGUCAGAUUACAUUUUCAAACUUGUUUUUACAAUUGACGAAGCGUUACAUCAUUUUCUUUAAUUUUCGAACAUAUUAUUUAAUAUUUGAGCUUAGAUCUGAGAAGCAAACGAUUGUUGAUACGCCUGAUAAAUUCAUCCAACCAAUUGUGUAAACGAGUUUUCUCUUAUUGAUGUUACAAAUGGUACGUCAGGGAAACUCAGCUUCUGUAGAUUUAAAUUACUCGGUUCUUUUUCAGGCAGUCAUAUCAGCUGCAGCGUUAGGUAUAUAUAUGAUGUUAAUGCAGGUAUUAAACAGAACAUUCCUGCAGUCUUGACAAGAUAUUGAAUUUUACCACGCAAUUGUUGCAGAUUUUUAUUCAUUAAGGAAGUCUUCAACUUCUGCGUGUGUACAAAUGAUGAGACAUAUGUGAUUGCCUCUUUUCUGUUACACAUCCUGCUACACGUUCAAUCUGAUAAUCUGCUUUUUCAAAACCCCGUGAAGAAAUGAAACUUGUCUAUUGUUGUUAGAAUUUUGCUUCAUUGUUCACAUUUUCGCCAAGAAGUGUUUUAUUUCUAUUUCUCGUCACCAUUGCUUCGUACGUACUAUUAGUAGAAUACAGUAGUAAUAAUAAUAAGUACUGUUUU